CUUGCCUCCCUAACCCUAGUCUCUCAUCCUCUUUGCCGGGUGAUCAGAGAGGCCUCCUGACCGCACCUUCCUGGAGGGGGGGCCGGAAUGGGCAGCGGACCUGGGGGCCCGGGACUGGGGACCCUGGGUCUGGCAGCCAUUCAUGCCAGGGAAAAAAAAAAAAAAACAACAGUUGGGUUGGCGCAGCCUGACCUAGACCUGGCUCAGAGUAGUCCUGCUUCCCUCUUUCCUGGGGAGGCUUUGGUACCUGCUGGCUCAUGCAACCUGCUGCCUCCACUCAGAGCAGCGGCUUCUUCACUUCUUUCCUUCCCGGAAAGAUGCUGAGGCUGACAGUUUUUAGUCUGACUCUUAUGUUUCUUUGGCAGAACAGUUAGAGGCCAGGCUGGCUUGUGAAGGCAUCCCCUUCCUUCUCUUUUCAUCCGGAGAAAACUUACAAACUUUUCAAUGUUAGAAGCAGAGGAGCUGGGAACCUGAAAGCGGGUUGCAUCUGAUUCUAAAAGUUCCUCCCUCUCGCUGUCAUUACCUUAUGCUGCCACAAAGUGAGCCUCCCUGCCACUCCUGGCACCCUGCCCGAAGACCCCCGUCCUGUAGGCACAGCCUUGUAGUCUGUCUUGGUGAAUGACUUGGACUGCCUGACCAGUCCCACUCCGUGCCUUGUCCGAGGUCCUCGUCCAUCCCUGAUCCUGGGCAGCUUCUCUCUCUGGUGUGGGUCACCUUAAGCAGGGAAACUGAAGCCAUUACUCUCCAAACCCUGUUUCAUCUUCCCAAGCAUGUCAGAGAGCUGGCAGCAGCCGCCGCAGACGCAGCCGCAGCAGCCUCAGCCCCCACAGCCGCAGCACCAUGCUGAACCCCCACCGGCCCUGGCGGAGCACACGCUGCCUCCAGGCACGGCUGAGAACCCCCUGGGCUGCGCGGUCUAUGGCAUCCUCCUGCAGCCUGAGCCGGGCCUGCAGCCCCCGCAGCACGUGCCCUUGCAGGCCGCGGGGGAGCCGGGCCCCAAGUGUGGCGUGUGCGGUCACGACCUGGCGCACCUGUCCAGCCCCCAUGAGCACCAGUGUCUGGCGGGCCAUGACCGCUCGUUCCAGUGCACGCAGUGUCUUAAAAUCUUCCACCAGGCUACCGACCUGCUGGAGCACCAGUGCGUGCAGGCCGAGCAGAAACCUUUCGUCUGCGGUGUCUGCAAGAUGGGCUUCUCGCUGCUCACAUCGCUGGCGCAGCACCACAGUGCCCACAGCAGCACCGGGGGCCUUGUGAAGUGUUCCAUCUGCGAGAAGACCUACAAGCCCGCUGAGGCGGCCGAGCCCGAGGCCACCGCCGCCCCCUCCCUGCCACCGGCACCCCCGCCUCCGCCCGCCGUGGCCCCAGCGGAGUCGGCCGACAAGCCCUACAGCUGCCCCAUCUGCCAGAAGCCCUUCAAGCACCUGUCGGAGCUCUCGCGGCACGAGCGCAUCCACACGGGCGAGAAGCCCUACAAGUGCACGCUGUGCGACAAGAGCUUCAGCCAGUCUUCGCACCUGGUGCACCACAAGCGCACGCACAGCUCGGAGCGGCCGUACAAGUGCGCGGUGUGCGAGAAGACCUUCAAGCACCGCUCGCACCUCGUGCGCCACAUGUACGCGCAUUCGGGCGAGCACCACCUGUUCCGCUGCAACGUGUGCGAGCUGCACUUCAAGGAGUCGUCGGAGCUGCUGCAGCACCCAUGCACGCCCAGCGGGGAGCGGCCCUUCCGCUGCAGCGAGUGCCAGAAGGCCUUCAAGCGGCCGUCGGACCUGCGGCAGCACGAGCGCACGCACAGCGCCGAGCGGCCCUUCAAGUGCGACCUGUGCCCCAUGGGCUUCAAGCAGCAGUACGCGCUCAUGCGGCACCGGCGCACGCACAAGGCCGAGGAGCCCUUCAAGUGUGGCCUGUGUGAGAAGGGCUUCGGGCAGCCCAGCCACCUGCUCUACCACCAGCACGUGCACACCCUCGAGACCCUCUUCAAGUGCCCCGUGUGCCAGAAGGGCUUCGACCAGUCGGCCGAGCUGCUGCGGCACAAGUGCCUGCCGGGUGCGGCCGAGCGGCCCUUCAAGUGUCCGGUGUGCCACAAGGCCUACAAGCGGGCCUCGGCCCUGCAGAAGCACCAGCUGGCCCACUGCUCGGCGGCCGAGAAGCCCCUGCGCUGCACGCUGUGCGAGCGCCGCUUCUUCUCGUCCUCCGAGUUCGUGCAGCACCGCUGCGACCCGGCCCGCGAGAAGCCGCUUAAGUGCCCGGACUGCGACAAGCGCUUCAAGUACGCCUCCGACCUGCAGCGGCACCGGAGGGUGCACACGGGCGAGAAGCCCUACAAGUGUCCCAACUGCGACAAGGCCUUCAAGCAGCGCGAGCACCUCAACAAGCACCAGGGCGUGCACGCCCGCGAGCAGCAGUUCAAGUGCGUGUGGUGCGGCGAGCGCUUCCUGGACGUGGCCCUGCUACAGGAGCACAGCGCGCAGCACAGUGCCGCGGCCGCCGCGGCCGAGGGCGCCUACCAGGUAGCCGCCUGCCUGCCCUGAGCCCCAGCUGCGGCC